GAAUGAGCAUGAACUCUGUCUCCUCAUUGCUCCAGAAGUGCACGUUUCUGCUUGCCUGUGGCAGUGGGGGCGUGGUCAAGUGCCGGUCUGUGACAGGAGGGCGGAGCCAGGGAAGUUCUUCAGAGCGUAAACACAGUAAACCUCUUACUUUCCACACUCAGAAGGAAAUGUUUGAGAAAAUGGAGGAAUCGUUUAAAUUCUGUGCCAGAUGUGGGAAACAUCCCUCACAGGUGACCAAUACACUGAAACGGUGUGCAAGGUGUCUGAAUGUGUAUUACUGCAGUAAAGACUGUCAGAAACAGGACUGGUCUGUGCAUAAGAAGUAUUGUGCAAAGUUGCGUAUGGCUGCAGUAGACAGACUGGUUGAGUGGCUCGUUUAUCAAGGGGACCUGCCUUUCCCUACAGAGGUAUGGUCUAAACCUGCUAAAGAGGUUCAGUGCUGGGAUGAUUGGCUGUCCAUGCAGGGUGGCCUCACAGCCCAGAUGGAGCCAAUCCUGUCUGGGAAGAACAUGAUGGACCUCUGGACCAAUGCCUGCCGGCCAUGCCCAGAGGAGGCAGAGCUUCAUGAAUCCGUGUGGCGUGUGUGUAGCGAGUUCUUCUCACGUCCACUGACUAUCGGAAUGGCAAUGAAGAUGUUCAGUCUGAAUCCAUAUUCCCGACCCCUGACCAUCCACAUCGUUGGGGCAGGAAACACUGAGACCCUAGGUGCAAGGACAACUGAUCUGGAUGAGCUGAGUCAUAUGUUCCCUGGGCAUCAGGGCCUGGAGGUGGUCAUGGUGGGGCCAGAAGUGAUGCAGGGACCCAUCAUGAGGCCUCCAUUAAGGGCAUUUGGUCCACGAGGAAGGGUCUACAUCAGUGCCUACAAGGAUCUGUACCAUGAGUUCUGGGAGGAGCUUGUGGAGAAAGGAGAGGCAGCCAGACCAGACCUUGUGGUGGGGUUUCAUCCAGGGUUUGAUUCCAGUCAUGGAAUGACAGAUGGAUGGUUACCAACACUGUUACUGCUCAGAGACUAUAACAUCCCUGCUUUGUUCACUAUGACCAAUGAUGGAGAGUUGCAGUACUCUCUGCAGAUCUUGGUGGAGUUGGAGAUGGAUAUUAAAGGCAGUGGACCGAACCCUUUCAGUUCUCAGAAGCCUGAACAGGUGCAGUCGAGUCCCAACAAAGAGCCGAGCUACUACAAUGCCUUCUACCUGAACUUCCAGGGCCUGCUGGAGGACAAUCUGGAUGAGAAGGAGUAGAAUUCCCCCUCCUGUUUUGGUGCCUAUUAUUCAAUCAAUCUGUGAGUGAUGAAGCCUGUGGCGACGGUGUCAAGGAAAAACUCCCUCAGAUGACAUGAGGAAGAACCCUCGAGAGGAACCAGACUCAAAAGGGAACCCAUCCUCGUUUGGGUGAUAACAGACAAUGUGAUUAUAACAGUUUUAACAUGAAGUCAGUUUCGUUGAUGUUAUAAACUGUUCAUUGAUGAAAACUUGAGUGAAAAACUGUUCAUGACAACUGCAGUCAUAAAGAACAGAGUUUGUUAGAGAAUAUACUGAAACAAACAGUACCACAAAGACCAAGGAGUUCUGUAAACAAGUUCUGGAAAAGUAUCAAUCAGGGAGUGGUUAUAAAAAAUAUCCCACACUUAGUCGUAUUAAAUCUGUCAUUUUCAAAAUGGUUAAAGGUGUUCACCAUUUGAAGAUUGUAAACCUGCUUUGUGACCAUGUCCAUUGUUAAAAGUGCCUUACAAAUUACAGCAAAACUGAAUUGAAUUAAUUUACAUCAGACUUCAGUCACCCCCCCCCCCCC